UGAUGCAGAGAUGCUGCAGUGGCUCUGGGCGCGCACACACACAAGCGCCCUCACCCACCACUGCUGCCGCUACCGGCGCUGCCGCCACCGCACCCGGACAGCAGCCAGCAGCUGAGAGAACAGGGGAGAAGAGGGAGGCAGCCCAGGGCGCUGGCGGCCAGGCUGGCUCUGGCUCACCGCCUCGGGCAGCAUCCACCUGCCCCAGUCAACACCCCUCUUUCACCCCAGGUCCUUCUCGGCCUCCUGCUGGACUCUCCCCUCCUGCUGGGCUGAGGCCCUUCUCCUCCGCUCUCCACGCCAGCCCGGACCCCCACCAUGGGGACACUCUCCAGGAGGAAGUCCCACCUGCUGCUGCUGCAGGCCAUGGCCCUGGCCUGCUGUCCAGCGUGGAGCUCAGCCCUGGGAUCCCCGGCCACCUUUGGCCCUGUCUUUGAAGACCAGCCCCUCAGUCUGCUAUUCCCAGAGGAGUCCACAGAGGAGAAGGUGACCCUGGCGUGCCGUGCCCGGGCCAGCCCUCCGGCCACCUACAGGUGGAAGAUGAACGGCACUGAAAUGAAGCUGGAGCCAGGGUCCCGCCACCAGCUGGUGGGAGGCAACCUGGUCAUCAUGAGCCCCACCAAGGCACAGGAUGCCGGCGUCUACCAGUGCCUGGCCUCCAACCCAGUGGGCACUGUCGUCAGCAGGGAGGCUGUCCUUCGCUUCGGCUUUCUGCAGGAAUUCUCCAAGGAGGAACGAGACCCGGUGAAAACCCACGAGGGCUGGGGAGUGAUGCUGCCCUGUAACCCACCCGCCCACUACCCAGGCCUGUCCUACCGCUGGCUCCUCAACGAGUUCCCCAACUUCAUCCCGGCGGACGGGCGUCACUUCGUGUCCCAGACCACCGGGAACCUGUACAUCGCCCGGACCAACGCCUCAGACCUGGGCAACUACUCCUGCCUGGCCACCAGCCACAUGGACUUCUCCACCAAAAGCGUCUUCAGCAAGUUCGCUCAGCUCAACCUGGCUGCUGAAGACCCCAGGCUCUUCGCGCCCAGCAUCAAGGCCCGGUUCCCGGCAGAGACGUACGCGCUGGUGGGACAGCAGGUCACCCUGGAGUGCUUUGCCUUCGGGAACCCCGUGCCCAGGAUCAAGUGGCGCAAAGUGGAUGGCUCCUUGUCCCCGCAGUGGGCCACAGCUGAGCCCACCCUGCAGAUUCCCAGCGUCAGCUUCGAGGAUGAGGGCACCUAUGAGUGUGAGGCGGAGAACUCCAGGGGCCGAGACAGUGUCCAGGGCCGCAUCAUCGUGCAGGCCCAGCCGGAGUGGCUCAAGGUGAUCUCGGACAUGGAGGCUGACAUCGGUUCCAGUCUGCGUUGGGGCUGUGCAGCAGCCGGCAAGCCCCGGCCCACAGUGCGCUGGCUGCGGAACGGGGACCCUCUGGCCUCCCAGACCCGGAUAGAGGUGCUAGCCGGGGACCUGCAGUUCUCCAAGCUGAGCCUGGAGGACUCGGGCAUGUACCAGUGUGUGGCAGAGAACAAGCACGGCACCAUCUACGCUAGCGCCGAGCUGGCCGUGCAAGCACUGGCCCCCGACUUCAGGCUGAAUCCUGUAAGGCGCCUGAUCCCUGCAGCCCGCGGGGGAGAGGUCAUUAUCCCCUGUCAGCCCCGGGCAGCUCCAAAAGCUGUGGUGCUCUGGAGCAAAGGCACUGAGAUUUUGGUCAACAGCAGCAGAGUGACUGUAACUCCGGAUGGCACGUUGAUCAUAAGAAACAUCAGUCGGUCAGAUGAAGGCAAAUACACCUGCUUCGCUGAGAAUUUCAUGGGCAAAGCCAACAGCACCGGCAUCCUGUCUGUGCGAGAUGCAACCAAGAUCACUCUGGCCCCCUCCAGUGCCGACAUCAACUUGGGGGACAACCUGACCCUGCAGUGCCACGCCUCCCAUGACCCCACCAUGGACCUCACCUUCAUCUGGACUUUGGAUGACUUCCCCAUUGACUCCGAUAAGCCUGGGGGUCACUACCGGAGGGCCGGUGUGAAGGAGACGGUUGGGGAUCUGACCAUCCUGAAUGCUCAGCUGCGUCACAGCGGAAAGUACACAUGUGUGGCCCAGACGGUGGUGGACAGCGCGUCCAAGGAGGCCACAGUCCUGGUCCGAGGUCCACCAGGUCCCCCAGGAGGUGUGGUGGUAAGGGAUAUUGGCGACACCACUGUCCAGCUCAGCUGGAGCCGUGGCUUCGACAACCACAGCCCCAUUGCCAAGUACACCCUGCAAGCUCGCACUCCACCUGCAGGGAAGUGGAAGCAAGUUCGGACCAAUCCCGCCAACAUUGAGGGCAAUGCGGAGACCGCCCAGGUGCUGGGCCUCACACCCUGGAUGGACUAUGAGUUCCGGGUCAUUGCCAGCAACAUCCUGGGCACUGGGGAGCCCAGUGGGCCCUCCAGCAAAAUCCGGACCAAGGAAGCAGCCCCCUCGGUGGCCCCCUCGGGACUCAGCGGAGGUGGUGGAGCCCCUGGAGAGCUCAUCGUCAACUGGACGCCCAUGUCACGGGAGUACCAGAACGGAGACGGCUUCGGCUACCUGCUGUCCUUCCGCAGGCAGGGCAGCACGAGCUGGCAGACCGCCCGGGUGCUCGGCGCCGACACCCAGUACUUCGUCUACAGCAACGAGAGCGUCCGGCCCUACACGCCCUUUGAGGUUAAGAUCCGAAGCUACAACCGCCGUGGGGACGGGCCUGAGAGCCUCACGGCCCUCGUGUACUCGGCUGAGGAAGAGCCCAGGGUGGCCCCCACCAAGGUCUGGGCCAAGGGGGUCUCAUCCUCAGAGAUGAACGUGACCUGGGAACCUGUGCAGCAGGACAUGAACGGGAUCCUCCUGGGGUACGAGAUUCGCUACUGGAAAGUUGGGGACAAAGAAGCAGCCGCUGACCGAGUGAGGACAGCAGGGCUGGACACCAGUGCUCGAGUCACUGACCUGCACCCCAACACCAAGUACCAUGUGACCGUGCGGGCCUACAACCGAGCGGGCACUGGGCCCGCCAGCCCUUCCGCCAAUGCCACGACCAUGAAGCCCCCUCCACAGCGACCUCCUGGCAACAUCUCCUGGACUUUCUUGAGCUCCAGACUUAGUGUUAAGUGGGACCCUGUGGUCCCUCUCCGAAAUGAGUCUGCAGUCACUGGCUAUAAGAUGCUGUACCAGAAUGACUUACACCCGACCGCCACGCUCCACUUCACCAGCAAGAACCGGAUAGAAAUCGCAGUUCCCGAAGACAACGGCCAUGCCCUGGUGCAGAUUCGGGCCACGGGGCCUGGUGGGGACGGGACCCCUGCGCAAGUCCACAUCGCGAGGAAUGGAGGCACCAGCAUGAUGGUGGAGAACUCAGCCGUCCGCCCAGCCCCACGCUCCGGCGCCGUCCUCUCCCACUCCCUGGCGAUGCUGAUCCUCAUGGGCUGCCUGGAGCUCUGACUCGCACCCCUCCCUCUCCACCACGGCCAGACACCCACCUCGGAUGGACGCAGCCAGCUGGCCCCGGUCCCUUCCUGAUGCCGAGAUGGCCCAACACUGUGCCUGAGAAUGGCUGGCUCUAAAUACCUACUUUAGACAGUGCCCUUUUUGUAGGAGGUAGGUGUUUCAUAUUCUGCCACAGGACAGAACCCACGUGAGGAUUUUUUUUCUUUAAAUCAAGAGGCACCAGGCAGUAACUUCCGUGAUGGCACCGAGCCCUCACCCGGGCCCUCUCGGCUGCCUGGGCGGCCAGAACAGGCCCCUGGGAAGGAAGGGUCUGAAGCAUCUAGCUGCACGUCUGUGGAGGCAGCACCCUGGGACGGCACCUGGACUCUGUCCCCUGAGAGCCGACACCCAGACCCGCGGGGACUCCGGAUGUGGCCGGGCUGAAGUGGGACGAGGCACAAACAGACAUCCCCCAGCCUAAGGCGAGAGCCAACCCUGGGACCAAGGACUCGCUGACUUUCUCAGGGGGCAACACGGCCAGACCCUGACACAGCCCUCAAUGGCUCCCUGGAGGCCCUGGCCACCUGGCCAGUGGCCGAGCACCAGAGCCCCGUAUCGGGGGCCAAGGGCCCCCAGCCCUGCAGCUCGGGGUGGGGGGACCCUCCAGACUCCUGGGGCUGAGGGCCGAUGAGAGCUCAGAGGCCGGGACACCGGGGGGAGAGGGGCACCAGACUCAGCCUGAUGUGCCCUGUUAGCCAACACUGCCGACCCGACCCUGUCACCUCUGAGGGACAGAGGCCACUACAGGUGGCUGGGUGACUAAAGGGCUUAUCUUGGGGAGGCCCCUCCCCAGCAAGACCCAUCCCGCACAGUCCCUCCGGGGAUGGGGCAGGAGACCUGAGAUGGGGGCGUGUGCCGCCCUCUUCCUCCAGCUCAGCCCGCAGGCCCCAGGAUUCCACUCUCCCAGCGCGGCCCCCUCACGCCCGGAGAGUAAAUGGCAUCAGUUCUGUGUGCCGCAGAGUCGGGAGCUGUCUGAGAAGGACAACAGAUAAAUGUGGCCCUGCCUGCUCUCAGGAACACCCAGGACCACCUGGCAAGACCUGUCCCUGGAUGCCUGAAACCGCUCUUUUGCAUUUCCCCAGAAGAAAAAGAGGUUAAUAAAUGCUCUGGGUAUAUUACCAGUCAGAACAUCGGAGCUGGAGGAGGCUUUGGGGCUCACCUUGUCCAAGCCCCUCACUUCACAGAUGAGGAAACUGAGCUCGAACUUCCCAAGGUCACACAGUGUGACCGUGAUGGGGCUCAGACAAGGGCUGGAGUCUCCAGUCUCCUUGUCCAUCCAGAGGAGGGGUCAGUGCCGAAUGGCCAGGGCCUGGUAACAUGGUGGUUAAGAAGGAGGGUGGGCUAUGAAAACUCUGCUUUAAGAGGUUCUGGUGGGGAUCAUGGGGGUAAGCGACCUGGUGGGUCCCAGCCCACGGCGUGGGCAGACUCCAGGAGACAUCGGUCCUUCUUUGCCUCCUGGGCCCAGCGUCUGCUAGGACCUCCAUACACAGUGCUGGCUUGAGCCCCCGCCCCCCUUACCUUUGCUCCAAGAAGAGGCCACAGCAAGGACAGGGAUCCCCAAAUGCAGGAAGUAGUAGCAACACAACCUGUGCUCUGACAGGUGGCCCGUGACAUCCAGGAGCAUCAGGACAGGCAUCCUGUAGGGGACAGGCCCCCUAAGCCUGAUUUCUGUAGUUUAUAGUUAGAGCUCUAUUUUGCUAUGGUUUUUUAAACUUUUAAGUCCUGCUCUAUUUUCCUGGGCAGGUUUAUGUUGAAGUUUUUACCCACUACAGUUUUUUAGAAAGGUAAGCUCACACCCUUCUCCUUACCACUGCGGCACCGCCCCCACCCCCAGCCCAGGACAUCAGAUCCCGCCCUCCUCACCUGCUCCCAUCCAGCCCCUCAUGCAAGGGGCUGGGGGCUCAGCUAUGCGACCAUUCCGUUACAGGGACCCCGACCUCAGCCCAACAUCCAUGUUGACCUCCGUGGCUGUGGUUUGGCCGUGCCCAGCUCCAUCAGAAAGGGGAUGCCCAAAGAAAGGAAUCUUCUUCCAAGGUUUAGCUGAUUCUGUCCUCACUGCCUUGGGCUGGGGCAGGGGAGCAGGGGACAGGUGUCAGUGCUGGCUAAGAGGGAUGAGCUGGCUUGUGCCGACCCAGUGCGGCUGGAGGCUGCAGUCCCUGUUUGCUUGCGUCAAAGACACAACUAAGUGUCUUAGUUCUAAGGAGGCCCAUUAGCAGCAGGGAGGAAGACAGGCCUGCUGGGAAGCUGAGGGGUGAUACUCAACUAGCAAAACUCAGCCCCAGGAAAACCUAGCCACUGUGCAGGGACAGCUGCUCAGGGGGCGCAGACCUAAACUGAAGCCAUGUCUGGCCACCUGAGACUUCAGGUAGAGCUCAGGUUUAAUAAAAGUGUAGGUGACCUGAGGACACGCAGGCUUGUCACAUGUAAUAGCCUCCUGUUGGGAGGCCUGUACAGGGAUUGCUGCAGGCAGAACAGUUAGAUGGUUUCUCAGAUUUCCUCCCUGCCCAAGGGGCCUCUGAUUUUCCUCUUUGCUUGGAAGGGCUCGGGCAGUUGAGGGGGCUCACCCCUGCUGUGGUCUCGACUCGAUUCUGGGUCUCUCUCAUUCCAAGCUCCAGAGAGGCAGCAAGGGGGACAGCCACAAAUGAGUCCUUUGCCCCAGUUUAGUGGCCAGUAAGUGCCUUGGGGACUGGGGACAGAGACAGCCUGCAGACACCACUGCAGGGCGCUGGGCACAAGUUCUCCAUUCUGUACUCCCUUGGGCUCAGCCUGCAGGGCUGCCCGGUCCUCACUGCUCUGACUGACUCCACGUACACCUUGCCCUCAGGGAGGACAGCUCUCUCUGGAUGGAGGCCUGGGGCCCAGCAAGGUCAGGUUGACUACGUGCGUCAAAUGACACCGACGGAGCCAGGGAACAGAAGGGCCGUGGUGGCAAGGGGCGGCGGGUGCUUUUCUUCUGAUGAGAUGAGGAGACUGAGGUUAGACAGAAACGCCUCUGCAGCGAGACCCUGGAAGAGCAACAGGCUACCUCCUCUGUAAGAAAGCUUUGAGGAAUUUUGACAGCCGUUGCUCUGGAGUCUAGGUUAGGUGAGGACUGGAGGGGUGGGGAGAUGGCACAGGGUGGGUUGUCCUUCCAGGACUGAGAUGCUUAGAACCACAAGGUGCUCGGCACUGGAAGUCUCAGAGCGCCUGUGCGCUGUGCCCCUGCAGUGCUGUCCCAGUCACGGAGGGAGAAGCCUCACCCAGGCAGUCUUUUCCCAGCAUGCACCGCCUCUCGGCAGCCCCAGGCACCGCCCAGUCUGUGCCCUGGACAGGAGCCCAAGCCGACCAGGGAUGUUGUACUCCCUGCAUCCCUCCCUCGGCUAGAGGACUCUUUUCUUCCUGGCCUCAGAAUAUGACUGCCACUGGGCUCCUCUGUCACAGGGAUAGCAGUGUCCUCAACCUUGGCCUUGAGGUCCAGAAGUGGUGCCCCAUUUUCCUGGGUCGGCCUAACCUGGGCUCUGUCCUGGGGACAAAGGAGGUGGCCAGAGGCUGCUGGAGUGGUGUGAGGGGUUAGAUGGGCGUUUUUAAGGGACUUCCAAGAGCUCCACGGAAAGAGUGCCUGGUCGCCGUGUAUGUGUCUGUGAAUGGUCACCGGCUUUGGGAGGGUGCAACGGAGGGAAACUGGGGAGGGAAAAGCGCGUCAGGUAGCCUUGCCAAGAGCCCUAGGAAGCCGAGUGCUUCCCGUUGGGCUGUCCCCUGCUUGGCCCCUGGACUCCAACUUUCUCGGCCCAUCCAGGGCCUGCAGAGCUUCUUCAAGCUCCCGGCUCGGCAAGGCCCAGGGCUUCCCCAGGCCACUGACGUGACUCGGUUUGUGUUCGAAUGCAACCACUCCCGCUGGCCUGUUGUCUGUCUCUCGUAUUUAUUGUGAUGAUAGUUACUGACUCUGGUA